UUACUUAUCCUACUAGAGCGAGCCAUGGUGAACUCCCUCAUACUGAUACUCAGCUGGACUGUGAUCUCUGAGGUGGCCAGAGCUCAGAACGACACGGAGCCGAUCGUCCUGGAGGGCAAAUGCCUUGUGGUCUGCGACUCCAACCCGGCCACGGACUGGAAGACCUCGUCCUCUCCGCUCGGCAUCUCAGUGCGCGCCGCCAACUCAAAGGUGGCUUUCUCUGCAGUCCGGAGCAACAACCAUGAGCCCUCGGAGAUGAGCAACAAAACAAGAAUAAUCUACUUCGACCAGGUUCUUGUGAAUAUAGGAAACUACUUCACAUUUGAGUCAGUAUUCUUGUCCCCAAGAAAAGGAAUCUACAGUUUUAACUUCCAUGUCAUUAAAGUGUACCAGAGUCAGACCAUACAGGUGAACCUGAUGUUGAAUGGGAAACCAGUCAUCUCUGCCUUUGCAGGAGACAAAGAUGUAACUCGUGAGGCAGCCACCAAUGGAGUUCUGCUUUAUCUUGAAAAGGAGGACAAAGUCUACCUAAAGCUGGAGAAGGGAAACCUAGUUGGUGGAUGGCAGUACUCAACAUUUUCUGGCUUUCUCGUGUUCCCUCUGUAA